GCAAGGCCGUCCGGCCCCUUUAACCGCGUCGCGUGGGGCGGGGGGUGCUACUGGUGAAGAAAGGGGGGUCGGGAAGGGGGGAUCCUGCUCCUUUAAUUCCCUCCCCUCUUCCUCCUCCCGGAGUCCUCGCCGCCGCCGCCGCGCGCGGGGCCUGGGACACACAGCACGAGCCGCCCCCGCCCCUCCCCCUUACACCCACGCGGAGCCGGCCACGCGCGCGCGUCCUGUGCACCCCCGCGCCUGCGCGUUGCCCAGGCCCUGCCCGUGUGUGGGGGGCGCUGCCAGCCCCGGGGGGGUGGGGGAAAUAGGGGGGGAAAAAAACAGCGCGCGGAACCCGGCCAGGGUUGCCCCCUCCGCCACAAUGGCCUCUGGGGUGGAAGUCCUGCGCUUCCAGCUGCCCGGCCAUGAGGCCGCUACACUGCGGAAUAUGAACCAGCUCCGCGCAGAGGAGCGGUUCUGCGACGUGACCAUUGUGGCCGACAGUCUCAAGUUCCGCGGCCACAAGGUCAUCCUGGCCGCCUGCUCGCCUUUCCUGCGGGACCAGUUCCUGCUGAACCCCAGCUCUGAGCUGCAGGUCUCGUUGAUGCACAGUGCGCGCAUCGUGGCGGACCUGCUCCUCUCCUGCUACACUGGCGCCCUGGAAUUCGCCGUCAGGGACAUCGUCAACUAUCUGACGGCCGCCUCCUACCUGCAGAUGGAGCACGUGGUGGAGAAAUGCCGGAAUGCCCUCAGCCAGUUCAUCGAGCCCAAGAUCGGCCUCAAAGAGGACGCGGUCAGCGAGGCCAGCCUCGUGAGCGGUGUCAGCGCCACCAAGUCCCUCCUCCCCGCUGCCAGGACCCCAAAGCCGGCCCCCAAGCCCCCUCCCCCGCCCCCUCUGCCCCCUCCACUCCUGCGCCCCGUGAAGCUGGAGUUCCCGCUGGAUGAGGACCUGGAGCUGAAGGCCGAGGAGGAGGACGAGGAGGAGGAUGAGGAUGUGUCUGAUAUCUGCAUUGUCAAGGUGGAGUCCGCCCUGGAGGUGGCGCACCGGCUCAAACCCCCUGGAGGCCUGGGAGGGGGUCUGGGUAUCGGGGGAUCCGUGGGCAGCCACCUUGGGGAGCUGGCCCAAAGCAGCGUGCCCCCCAGCGCUGUGGCCCCGCCGCAGGGUGUAGUAAAGGCCUGCUACAGCCUGUCCGAGGACGCGGAAGGGGAGGGCCUGCUGUUGAUCCCAGGGGGCCGGGCCAGCGUGGGGGCCACUUCAGGCCUGGUGGAGGCAGCGGCAGUGGCCAUGGCUGCCCGGGGGGCGGGGGGCAGCCUGGGGGCGGGGGGUAGCCGAGGGCCCCUGCCUGGGGGUUUCUCGGGUGGGAACCCCCUGAAGAACAUCAAGUGCACCAAGUGCCCGGAAGUGUUCCAGGGCGUGGAGAAGCUGGUCUUCCACAUGCGGGCGCAACACUUCAUUUUCAUGUGCCCACGCUGCGGCAAGCAGUUCAACCACAGCAGCAACCUCAACCGUCACAUGAACGUGCACCGCGGCGUCAAGUCGCACUCGUGCGGCAUCUGCGGCAAGUGCUUCACGCAGAAGUCCACGCUGCACGACCACCUCAACCUGCACUCGGGUGCUCGGCCCUACCGCUGCUCCUACUGCGACGUGCGCUUCGCCCACAAACCCGCCAUCAGGCGGCACCUCAAGGAGCAGCACGGCAAGACCACGGCUGAGAACGUGCUGGAGGCCAGCGUGGCUGAGAUCAACGUCCUCAUCCGCUAGCGGGCCAGCACGCAGAGGGGGAACCCGGCGGCCCCUGGGCUGGGUGGGAAGGGGCUUCUGAUGUCCAGGAGUAUAGGGGGGUGGGGGGUCUGGAGCAGGAAGGUAUGAUGGAGAACCUAGCAGACACACAUCCUGAGGGAGGGGCCAAAGAUUCCUUGGAGAGAAGACCCUGCCUCUUCAGAGUUGAAAAGGAAGGAGAUGGGGAGAGGGUUUUUGAGAAGGCCAGGGGAAUAUGGGGUCCCAGAGAGAGAUUUUCUCUUAGAAGUGCAUGGAUAUAUGGAGGGAGGGAAAGGGUCCUAUAGGAUGAGGAGAAAAAUCUUGGAAAUUGUGUUACUCUGGGUUAAAGUCUACCCAGGAGGAGAUUCUGACAUUUCUUGAGGUGGGGAUUCGGUGGGUGGGAAUUGGGAGGGAAUUGGGCAGGAGGCAGCUUACAUGCUCCUGUUUAGAAUAGAUCCUUGGGAGAGGGAUUGGUAGGGGAGAAGAUUAUUGAAUCCCAGAGGAUUGGGGAGACAGUUUUUGCAUGCUGGGGGAAGGGAACUGUGAGUACAAACAAAGCUCUCCAAAAUUCUAGGGAGAACAAUGUAAGGAACCAGGUAAGAGAAUAUGGAGGUGAGCAUCCUGGGUAGAUAUUGGGAAGUGGGAGUACAAUAGUGAGAACAAUGUGAAUAGUUGUGGGGGUAGGGGGAGGGCACUUAGAAGAAAGGACACAAGGGCUGUUGUGGGGGGAGGGAGAGCAGUAGAGACUUAUACAGUAUUUUUUAAGAAAAAACGU